UUCCAUUCUUGUAUUUAAUUUCUUUUUUUUCAUCUUUUGCCUCACCAUUGUAAAUAAGUUACUUGUCAUUUUUUGUAUAUUCACUCUUUUUCAUGAUCUUAAUUUGCUCUUUCCUCUUCAAUCUACCUUCUUUUUUGUGUUUGUUUAAAGCGUAACCUUUUCGGCUGUCGUUGUCAUUCUUUUAUUCCUUCGCUCACUUUCUCUUUAUAAUGUCUGAAAACAAACCCACAGCCACAUCUACUACAUCGCGCAGAAGAGCCAUUACCACUAUCGAGACCAGUUCAACUGGCUCUCCUAAUCAAGUUCAUGAUUAUGCUCCCUACCAUACCCAUCAUCAACAACGUCAAUACCACUCAGACAUUCAUUCUGCAGAUGACCUCGCCCAUCCAUCCUCGCCGCCUACAAAUGAACGUCCUUAUAGACGGAAAAAGCGUAUUUCUGCCACAUUUGGAGGCCCAGGAUCAGUCUCUGGAUCAACCUCCGGAUCUGGGUCUUCAGAUUCAACAUUCACACUCACUUCACCGUCUUCACCAUUAACACCUUUAUUCGAGACUUUAAUACAAUCGCCACUGCCAUUAUCACCUGAGUCUCCUAAUGAUCAACUCCCUUCUCAACAUCCCUUUGACCUUCAUCCACUUAACUCUGAUUCAUUGUCUUCACGCGCACCUCGACCGCAGCAGCAGCAGCAGCAGCGGCAACAACAACAACAACAACAACAACAACAACAACAAAAACAACAUGUGGAAACCAAUCUACAAAAUACUUCUUUAGCAUUAUCGGCCGACAGCCCACUUUCCACUCCUAGUCCUCUAGAAAGCGGCACAUUCGGCAUAUACCCCCUCCCAAUGCCCUCAACCGUCCGAAAUAGCCAACAUGAGCAGCAAGAGUCGGCGCCAUUAUCGUCUGAAGAAACAGCUACCUUGCCUUCUCCAGCUUACAACAACAACAACAAUAAUCCAUCCACAGCUUCCCCAAGCCAUAGAACUCGAUUUACAUUUGGCUACGAUGAUUCAAUGGUCCAGGAUGCUCUAAAGCUCCUUCCAUCCCAUUCGCCUGCAAUUGCACAUGAAAAUGAUGAAAGCGCCCUUAAUGUGGUUGAUGCGAUCGACAAGGACGACAGUGAUAAUAACGAUAGCAAUAAUCACAGGGACAUCAGUGGUAGCGGUAUCGGUAGCCAUAGCUAUAGCCUUAGCCAUGGCUAUAGCCGUAACCGUACCCGUAGCCAUAGUCAUAGCCUUAGCCAUAGCCAUAGCCACAACCUUAGUCAUAGCCGUAAUCGCAAUCGUAGCUGCAGUAGCAGUGGCGUUAUUAUCAAAUCAACUGACAAUCGAUACCAUACAGACAUGCCAUUAUCACCAUUACCUCUUUCAUCCCCAGUUCAUACGCCACGCAUCCAUUCCACAUUCUCCAAGCACCCUGUUUCUGCCACCACGGCUGAUACUGGGCAUCACCAUCACUUCUUCCCUCCUCAUAUCAUGCCCUGGAAACGUCAAUCAUUUACAGCACCAGAUUCAUUCACCACAGCCAUCACUGGAAACUUAGAUACGAAUGUUGGUGCAAAAGCAGAAGUAAAAGCAAGUGCAAAUGCAAGUACAAGUGAAGGUGUAUCACCAGCCUUUGGAGGCAUCCAAUCUGGCAGUAGUAGCGAAGGUAGUGGAAGUCGAAGUAAUCAGUCACGUCACCAUCCUCGCAGACAAACCGUAGGCGGCGAUGGCCAAGGAAGCUCAUCAACAGUUUUUGGAGCCAAAGAUUCAACUUUCAAUCCAAGUACACCAAUAAUAGAAGUGCUAUCGCCACAGCGGAGUCGUUCACGAACAAGAAGGCGUUUGUCACUGUUCAUGAACAUGCUUCUCCCCACAAUCCCUUCGUCGUCGUCAAUAACAUUGCCACCCAUAACUGCUACCACUGCUACUACCACUGCUGCUUCUGCUGCUGCUUCCGCUGCUCCUACCACUACUGCCACCCAAUUAUCUCAGAAACCUCUUCCACCUGUCCCCAUCUCUUUUUCUUCCUCGUCAUAUUCGCCUCAAACGGCACCGAUAGCCCUUACGGACGUGACCAAGCUCACGUCACCUGCUAUUGUUUCUACAUAUCAGGCAAUGGAUUCGUCUAUGUUAGCUGCUCUUGGCUCUGGUCCCUACACUGCUCCUACCACCACGUCAGGCACGGGCAGCAAAAAACGACAACCGUUUUCUUUGACUAUCACUCAAACCAACAAAAGCAAUAGCAGCAACAGCGAUAAUAAUAACGAUCAUGGUAACCAUAAUGACAGCACCAUUAUUACCAGUAACAGCGAUAACAACAGUGUCUCUAAAUCGCCGAUCCCUAUACCACCAAUAAAGCGUUCCAAGUCUCUCCGCUUGAAGGAUUUGAUCAGUAUGUCCACAAAUAGAGGAUCAGUAUCAAAGCCAACAGCGACGCCAACCCCCGCACCGGCGCCGGCAGUGGCAUCGGCACCGACACCAGUGCCAACAUCAAUACUGGUGCCAGCAUCGGAACCUCAAUCUACGGGAUUACUCCAAACAAACCCGCUUCAAACCCAGCCACCCCUACUCAUGGAUAAUCCCAGUGAUCGCGUUCCUCCUCCUCACCAAUACGGCUUGUCGCAUCAAUACCAGCCUCAGCAGCAUAUACCCACUUCUUUUUCUUCUUCUUCCUCGUCUACUGGCCCAACACCCACUUCCCUAUCUGGCGUUUCAAAUGCAACUGUGGCUGCUUCAGGUUCAGGAUUUUAUACCGGAAGUCAAAGCAGUGCUUCGCGACCAUCUCAGGAGCCAUUAAUCAUCUCUUCAUUACAACCAGAAAAUCAACCAUCAAGUCUAGUGAGCCAAACAUUCUAUAACAACAACAACAACAACAUUAGCGUUAACAAUGGUAGCAGCAAUAACAGUAGCAGUAGCAGUAGCAAUAGCAGCUGCAGUAGUAGUAAGAUGCGAGCACAGACAACGGAUGACCUACAGAGUAGUAAUGAAGGACCUAAAGCGACUAAAAAAGCAAACAAAGGCAAAAAGCAGCAGAAGGAAAAGAUCUCGAAGAAGGAUAAGAAAAAGGAUAAGAAAGCGGAGGGGGAGGGGGACCACGAUAGCCAGAAGAAGAACAAAUGUAUCUCAUUCUCCAUAUUUCGUUCAUUUUUCAAAAAAUAAAAGAAUUCACAUAGAGAGUAAUAGAGUAAAAAAAAACACA